GACAACCUCCUGACACACACACACACAUUCAAAUGCGAAUACACCAACACAUUGAGGCAAGCCGUUCUGCUGGAAACCACAGAGAAUAAAGACCGGAGCAAGCCCCCCUCCCCACCUCCUCCUUCUCUCUCUCUCUCUCUCUCUCUCUCUCUCUCUCUCUCUCUCUCACUCACUCACUCACUCAUUCUCCGUCCUUCUCAUUCUGAGCAUUACAGCAAGGCACUGCGCAGGAUUGAACUCCCCUCGUUCACUUCCCUCUUAUUUAUUUUAAUAAUUUCCAUUAUUUCUUCCCUCAAUCCAUCUUUUUUUUCCGUGGCAGCCGUCGCUGUUGGCAGUGGUGGGAUAUUUUCAUUUCCAUAUCGGAACGUUAGGAGGGCUGCCAUUCGUUCAUUUCUCCCACAGCCAUCCGUGCAUGCGCGCGUGUGCAUGCGAGCGCAUGUGAGCUCGGGGGGGACGCUGGGAAGGACGGCAUUUAAAGACGUGUCUUCACUGCCUGGCCCCUUGUCGCUGCCCGUGGAGGCUGGCAUCAGGGCCAGCUGAUGCCACAGCAGAUCUGAGGCAGCUGCAUUAGUAGAAGCGGAGACAUGCAGCUUAGCAAUGCACCUGCAGUGAGUCGCAGGAGGAGAGGAAACCCGGACAGUCAAGGGCUGUUAGGUUUGCUGAGCGUGUGCGCUACAUUACUGCAAUUAUGCACUGGCUGUCCUUCAGAGUGUAUCUGUAACUCAUUGGAAGUUAACUGCAGUGGGCGGAGCCUAGUAUCUGUGCCAGCUCUGACCUCUGUCCCGGAGGACACACGCAUCAUCAACCUGACCAAUAACCGACUUGCCUCCCUGCCCGUGUCUGCGUUCGCCAACCUGAGUGCUCUGGAGACACUCGACCUGUCCAACAACUAUCUGGACAACCUGCCUUCCAGACUCUUCCGUGAGCUGGGCAACCUGAGCGAUUUGAGUUUGCGGAACAACAGUCUGACGGUUUUGGAUCGCGAGCUGUUUCGUGGCAUGACCCAGCUGCGGAGGCUGGAUUUGUCUCUGAACGGCCUGGCCGCAGUGCCGCUGGGCCUGCUGGAUGAGCUACAAGGGCUGACCUGGCUGUCUUUGGCAGGGAACAGACUUCACGCACUAGAGAGAGCCACGUUUGAGCCCCUCACCAACCUUCAACACCUGGAGCUGGGCAUAAAUCCUUGGGAGUGUGACUGCAACCUGAGAGACUUCAAACACUGGAUGGAGUGGCUGAUAUAUCGAGGUGGUUACGUCGAUGCGGUUGAGUGUACGCUUCCGAAAGACUUAAGGGGCCGUGACAUCAGGAGUGUUCCUGUGGAGAUGUUCAACUACUGUCUGCAAUUGGAGGAUGAGAAUGGGGGCGGGAAUGCGAAGGGCAGAUCCCCACCGUGCGUUCGGGCGACGGUCGUUCCGUCGGAAGGCGCAGCGGUGCGUACGGAGGCGGAGCUACCGGACUGCGUAAAGCAGCGAUAUCGACCAGUCAGCGUGCGUAGGGCGAUCGGUACGGUGGUGAUCGCCGGUGUCGUCUGUGGGAUCGUGUGUAUUAUGAUGGUAGCGGCGGCAGCGUACGGCUGCAUUUACGCCUCCCUGAUGGCAAAAUACCAGCGAGAGCUGAAGAAACGGCAACCGUUGAUGGGUGACACGGAGGCAGAUGCCGACCCGGAGGAGAAACAGAUCUCAUCGGUUGCAUAGGGCAAAUGGGGACAGGGAUCAGAGGUCAUGCCACAAAUAUAAAGAACCCUUAACUGGUUUAACUGCCCAGUGGAGGACUCGUCACACCUGUUUCCUAAUUCUCUGUCCUUCUUGAGACCCUCUCAGACACUUUAUGACCUUUAUGCCCCAGGACAAGAGGGACCACUCGGCACUUUAGGAGCCCCCAACGUUGAGAGCUUCUCAGCAGUGGAGGCGUGAAUGCUACUGUUGUCCACAGUACCCUAAUGUUUUUUAGAGGAUAAUGUGCUGUCAUUAGCAUUAGCCUCUGUAGCAGUCUAACAAUCAACUAACCCGUCCCAAUACUUAUCUGUUUUUCUAACCCUUAUACCUUACGACCCUAAUCGUAACCCGUAGCCCUAAUUCUGUGUGAACUGAGCAUCAUAACCCCCGUAUAUCAUAUUUGAAAUAUUUCCAAAUUAUUUAUCAGAUAUUUAUGAUAUAUGCUAUACAAUGUGACGUGACCCAAUUUUUCAUGUUUUUCAGCGUGAGGUUUGUCCUUUGUAUCGUGUGCUAAAUCAUUUGUGUUGACACGGGUUUAUUUCGUUUGUUUGUUUCGCCAUGUCCAUCUCUAGUGGUUAUUUAAUAAGACUAGAAGAAACCAGCCCUGACGUCUAUUGUGAAGUGUCUUGAAGUAUUGUGCAGUGCUAAUAUAGGGGAGGCUCUGUUGAUGUUAGUGGCAGAUCUUGGCCUAGUAGAAACGGCUAUUGAUGGGUGAAGAAAGCCCAGUGGCCCUACAGUAAAGCUGCCCUCAAAAGACAACAGCUGAGAUAAGCAUUUAAACGUUACUUUUUAUUAAGAUAGACUUUAACUGUGCAAUAUAAAUCAGUGUCAUAGAUGAUUUAGUGAGAUAUCUUCUCUUAAAGCUUGUGGCGCAGGAGGAUCAAUAGCCUCUGUGUGAUCAAUUUUCGGCUUGUGGACCAAUUUGCAUAAUCCACUUUUCGUUGAGGAGAAAUGCUGUUUUUAGAUAAUUCAAUAAUUCAGAUCCAUUUGACUUCGGCUUUAAGAAACCCAAAGACAUUGUCAAUAUAAGCUAAUCUGCUGCAAUCAACUUUUGGACAUUUAAAGCUUAUAAAAUAAAGGGUGGAGAGGAAAGGAAAAUAUGUCCAGAAUUAGCCGUGCACAAUCUUAAACUGAAAUGAUGUGUAUUUUUCCUUAUUAACAUUAUUUCAUUCAUAUAUAAAAUGAGACUUAUAUUAAAAUGCUGCUAAUGAUAUCAAGGGCAACGCUAUUAUUAAGUGUUUUGGCACAAUGCUGCCAUCUAUAGGAGGGAUGUGCAAUAAGCACAAGGGUGUAAAGCAAACAUCACACCACUUCAUCAGGAUUUAGGAGAUGCUGUACUGCUGUAACUAUAGCAACAAACACUAUCUCCCCCACAUAAUUCAUUACCAAUGCAAAUUACUGGUAAGGUUACUGGCAAAAAGUUGUUAAAGAAAGUGCGUGCUAUGACCCACAUCAGCAUUUGAAAGUGUAGGAUUGUGUCUCUGUGUUUGGUGAUAUCAUAUCAUAUUCCACAUGCAGAUACACAUUUAUUCAAAUGUAUGUUGAAUAUAUGCAUAUAUUUUAGUAUGUGUCUUAGGUCUUAGUUUAUUUAUGAAUAAUAACUUUGCAAAAAAUUUGUAUUAACUUUACCCUGUAACCGUUUCCUGUGCAAAUUCUUUUUUUUUGUCAAGGGACUCCAAAAAAGCAUGCUUUGGCCACGAAAUUAUCAAUUUUUGAAAAGCUCAUGAAUUAUUAAUGGGAGAGGUUUGGACAAAUGAGAGGUUUUGCCGUUGCUUUUCAUUUUUCAACACUUAUGUUAUGCGGCAUGUGUCAUAGGCCUGCGCUCUGCACUGCGCGACAAACACAGAACAGGUAUCCUCUGUUUAAAAAAGCACUUUUGCCACUUUUGGACUAAUACUUUCCUGUCAAAUUGCACUUAUUGCGAAUAUUUUCAAACGUAAGCACAUGCUUGUUUAUUGACGAUGUGCUUUAUCUGAAUAUAAGCUGACAGAGUGACGCGUUAUGUAAUAUGUCAUUGAAUAUGAGCAAGGACUCAGCUGGUGUGUGUUGUACUCUCUCCAGGGACAUAACAUCACACACUACACUAGACGCCGUUGCUAAAUAAAGGCUUUCUAAAUCCUGUUGGAUGGUUGAAGGAAAGGAAUUGCCCGUCUGAUUGAACUGCAAGCAUCUUUAUGAAGUUCUGGUUUAAUAUCUUCUAGCUUAUUGAUGUGUCCUAUUCUUCACUUGACCUUUUUUCUAAGACUGAUAUGAGAUCCUUCUUUAUAUUUUCGCUUGAUAAAAAUGAGUUUGAAAUUAUAAUUUGUGAGCUGUGAUAUAAUUCUGUGUUAAAAAUGAAUAAAGAAUGUAUUUAUGUAAA